UGGGCUGCGGCGGCGGCGGCGGCGGCGGUUACUAUGGCGGAGUCGGCCGGAGCCUCCUCCUUUUUCCCCGUUGUCCUCCUCCUGCUCGCCGGCAGCGGCGGGUCCGGGCCCCGGGGGAUCCAGGAUGGAUCUGGGAGAGACGAUCAGGAUUGUAUUCGCUCCCGAUGUACAAAGCCUGUGCUUUGACUUCUCAGCAGCCCCUAACCUUCCAGCUAUGGGAGAUCAAGUGUGUGCACUGUGGCUCUCCUCUCUACUAAAAAUAAUGAUUCUCAGGCUCUUACAUCGUAUCCCGGGCAGCGUACCUGUGCUAAUCAAAGACAGUCUGGAGGGAGCGACCUGCUUUAGGUUUUAUUGGUUUGGCAACGUUUUAAUUCUUACGCAACUCUGGCUCUGCAGUGUGCAUGUACCAGCUGCCUCCAGGCCAACUACACGUGUGAAACAGAUGGGGCCUGCAUGGUUUCCAUUUUCAACCUGGAUGGGAUGGAGCACCACGUGCGCACCUGCAUCCCCAAAGUGGAGCUGGUCCCCGCCGGGAAACCCUUCUACUGCCUCAGCUCUGAGGACCUCCGCAACACCCACUGCUGCUAUACUGACUUCUGCAACAGGAUCGACCUUAGGGUGCCCAGUGGUCACCUCAAGGAGUCUGAGCACCCUUCCAUGUGGGGCCCCGUGGAGCUGGUAGGCAUUAUUGCUGGCCCAGUGUUCCUCCUGUUUCUCAUCAUCAUCAUUGUUUUCCUUGUCAUUAACUAUCAUCAGCGUGUCUAUCACAACCGCCAGAGACUGGAUAUGGAAGAUCCCUCGUGUGAGAUGUGUCUCUCCAAAGACAAGACGCUCCAGGAUCUUGUCUACGAUCUCUCCACAUCAGGGUCUGGUUCAGGGUUGCCCCUUUUUGUCCAGCGCACAGUGGCCCGAACCAUCGUUUUACAGGAGAUUAUUGGCAAGGGCCGGUUUGGGGAAGUGUGGCGUGGCCGCUGGAGGGGUGGCGAUGUCGCGGUGAAGAUUUUCUCUUCUCGUGAAGAACGGUCUUGGUUCCGGGAAGCAGAGAUCUACCAGACAGUCAUGCUGCGCCAUGAGAACAUCCUUGGAUUUAUUGCUGCUGACAAUAAAGAUAAUGGCACCUGGACACAGCUGUGGCUCGUCUCAGACUACCAUGAGCAUGGCUCCCUGUUUGAUUAUCUUAACCGGUACACGGUGACAAUCGAGGGGAUGAUUAAGCUGGCCUUGUCUGCGGCUAGUGGGUUAGCCCACCUGCACAUGGAGAUUGUGGGUACCCAAGGGAAGCCUGGAAUUGCUCAUCGAGACUUAAAAUCAAAGAACAUCCUGGUGAAGAAAAAUGGCAUGUGCGCCAUUGCAGACCUGGGCCUGGCUGUCCGCCAUGAUGCGGUCACUGACACCAUUGACAUUGCCCCAAAUCAGAGGGUGGGAACCAAACGAUACAUGGCCCCCGAAGUACUCGAUGAGACCAUUAAUAUGAAGCACUUUGACUCCUUCAAAUGCGCCGAUAUCUACGCGCUCGGCCUUGUGUAUUGGGAGAUUGCUCGAAGAUGCAAUUCUGGAGGAGUCCAUGAAGAGUAUCAGCUACCAUAUUAUGACUUAGUGCCCUCUGACCCUUCCAUUGAGGAAAUGCGAAAGGUCGUAUGUGACCAGAAGCUACGUCCCAACAUCCCCAACUGGUGGCAGAGUUACGAGGCACUGCGGGUCAUGGGGAAGAUGAUGCGAGAGUGCUGGUACGCCAACGGCGCGGCCCGCCUGACUGCCCUGCGCAUUAAGAAGACCCUCUCACAGCUCAGCGUGCAGGAAGACGUGAAGAUCUAAGCCUCUCCCUCCCCACACGCAGCCCUGGCAGCGGGAACUACACACAGCUGCCGCGUUGAGCGUACGACGGAGGCCUACCUCUCGUUUCUGCCCAGCCCUCGGUGGCCAGGAGCCCUGGUCCCAAAGAGGGACAGAGCCCGGGAGACUCCCUCACUCCCAUGUUGGGUUUGAGACACAGACACCUUUUAUAUUUACCUCCUAACGGCACGGAGACUCUGAGAG